UGGUCUGCACCAGCCGAGAGAAGGUGAUCCAGAGCCAAGAUGGCUGUCCUCUCUAAGGAAUAUGGUUUUGUGGUUCUGACUGGUGCCGCCAGCUUCAUAAUGGUAGCUCAUCUAGCCAUCAAUGUUGCUAAAGCCCGCAAGAAGUACAAGGUGGAGUAUCCUACAAUGUACAGUACAGACCCAGAAAAUGGGCACCUCUUCAACUGCAUUCAGCGAGCCCACCAGAACACGUUGGAAGUGUAUCCUCCCUUCUUGUUUUUUCUUGCUGUUGGAGGUGUUUACCACCCGCGUAUAGUUUCUGGCUUGGGCUUGGCUUGGAUUGUUGGACGAGUUCUUUAUGCUUAUGGGUAUUACACAGGAGAACCCAGCAAGCGAAAUAGAGGAGCCGUGGGGUCCAUCGCCCUCAUUGCCUUGAUGGGCACAACCGUGUGCUCUGCUUUCCAGCAUCUCGGUUGGGUUAAAACUGGCUUGGGCGGUGGGUCCAAAUGCUGCCAUUAAAGAAUCAUAGGGGUUUAAAAACUCCCAUUCAUUUUGAAUGUCAUACCUUAAUUUCCAGUUUUGUCUUUUUUUUUUCCCCCCCUAAAUAUAAUAAAACCUAUCUGGCAUCAGCCUCAUACCUAAA